AUGAAAUCCCCCAUUCCAGACUACCUCGAGAGAGUGCUCGACAAUGCUCGUCCAGACGACUCCGGCGCUCCAGCGGGCUAUAUUGAUGUUCUCGCCAAAGCCGAUACCUCCAAGCUAGCUGUAGCCAUUGCCAUGGUCGAUGGGAAUGUGUACAGCGCAGGUGACGACGAAGUCGAGUUCUCGAUACAGUCCAUUUCCAAGGCUUUCGUAUACGCCCUCGCCAUCGAAGAUGCCGGUCUCGAUGCGGUGCUGGCCAAGAUUGGAGUCGAGCCCUCAGGCGAUGCAUUCAAUGAGCUCUCUCUUCAUGAAGGCUCCAAUCGUCCAAUGAAUCCAAUGAUCAAUGCUGGCGCUAUCACCGCCCAUUCUCUGGUUGUGGGACCUGAUGCCACUGCGGAACAGCGAACAGAUCGAAUCUUGAAAGUCAUGUCGAAGCUUGCAGGCAGAGAGCUGAAAGUGUGCGAAGAAGUGUACGAAGCUGAGAUGAAAGACUGGGAUCGCAAUAUGGGUCUGGCCCAUAUGCUCAAAGCAGCUGGUAUUUUCCGUUGCGAUCCUCGCGAGGUAGUCAAAGGUUACAUUCGUCAAUGCUCGAUCAACGUCACUGUUCGAGACCUGGCCCUGAUGGCUGCGACGCUGAGUAAUGCAGGCUACCAUCCUGUGACCGGAGAAAAGAUUUUUCCACAUUACAGCGUGCGGCAGGUGUUGUCAGUCAUGACGACUUGUGGUAUGUACGAUGCAGCGGGAGACUGGGUGUCGAACGUCGGCAUUCCAGCCAAGAGUGGAGUGGCGGGCGGCAUCCUCGGUGCACUCCCAGGCCAAGUCGGCCUAGCAGCUUUCUCUCCCAAGCUCGAUGACAAAGGCAAUAGUGUCCGGGGUGUUGCCAUUUGUGAAAAACUAUCACGAGAUAUGGGUUUACACAUGAUGGACGUCAGCCAAAUUGCUCGCUCGACCGUAGAGACGACAAUCACAACUCUCCAGACGGCUGAUGACCAUCAUCCGAACUGUAAAGGGCGUGUUGCAAUCUUUCACAUGCGUGGAGCAGUCCGGUUUGCAGGAUCAGAGAUCUUGACGCGUGCGUUGACGAGGGAACUUGGGGAGGCAGAUCCUGAUGAUCCUGGUUCGGGAGCGUAUGCAGACGCUUGUGCAGUUGUGCUGUCCUUUCGUGAUGUGUUUUCACUGAACAAGGUAGCGAGGCGGAUUGUUCACGAAAAUAUCAGUCGUCUGCUCGUAGAUGAGAGAAGUGUCGUCGUGAUCGAUCCAACAGGGGUGUUGCGGUGGGAACACGAGGGCAAAGAGAGACAUCCAGAGGUUGUCCAGAAUCAGGAUCAGGCGCGAGAAUUCAUCGGCGGUGCAGGCUGCUCGGCAUCAGUAGAGCAGAGUUGGUGA